CUACGAUUUUCAUUUGUUGUGGUUUGUUGUCGUUCUUAUCAGAUAACGGUUAGCUGAGAGUUCAGAGUUGUGUUUAAACCGAAAUGAAAACAAAAGGAUCACUUAACAUCUAAUCUCGAUCAUUUCACUUAUGCUUCGUGCGCAUACAUUCACUUUCACGAACGCGUCCAGUGCGGUAGUGUCGGUAAAAGUAGUCGGUUUAGUUUACACAGAUGUAAACAUUAUUCGGUGAUUGACCUCGUAUUUGUAGUGUAAAAUAAGUUUAAACUUUCUUCUGUGACUGAAAAGUUUUGUCAAUAAACGACAAAAUGAAGUGGAAGAUAGACAAAGGUCUUCUGCCCAUAAAAAUUCAUUUUUUCUUCUUUUUCGCUGCGCUGGGCCCGCUGCUGCCGCAGAUGAACGUGUACGGUCGUCAGCUGGGCGUGUCCCCGCAGGCGAUGGGGCUGGUGACGGCGGUCCUGCCGCUGCUGUGGGCCGCCGCCAAACCCAUCUUCGGAUACAUCGUCGACUUCUUCCCGCGGCAACGAAAGCUGGUGUUCAUGCUCCUGAUCGUAGUGAUGUCGGGCUCGUACUGCGGCCUGUGGUUCCUGCCGAUGCCGGACUCGCCGGAGCCGGACGUCCUGCUCGAAUCCGUCUACGAGCUCAACGACACCGUCUACGUCCGGCCGCUCCCCGCAGACGACCGGCUGGACAAGUACAAUUGCCACUGGAACUGCACGACGGAUGACAAGUUCGAAGUGUAUCUAUCCAACUCGACCUUCGUGAACACCCUGUACGUGGACAGGAAUGUCACGAGUAGCUCGUGCUCGCUCUUACACAUGGGAUUCGACGACGCGAGAGAGGGACAGGCGACGUGCGUACCGAAGAGCGACUGCAAUUUGCUCUGCUUCGAAAUCAAUAACAAUAGGAGCAAACGCGAGAUCAAGUCAGAAGUUCCUGUCCUGGCGGAGAAGUUGGAGAGUAUAGAGGGUGUGGACGGCAACUUCUACAUGACGGCCACGUUCUGGGCGUUCGUGGUGCUGAUGUGCGUCGGCACCGUCGCGUUCAACGUCGCCAACUGCAUCGGCGAUGCCGUCUGCUUCGACAUGCUCGGUCCGGAUCGCGGUUCUAUGUACGGUGGGCAGCGGGCGUGGGGCACGGCGGGGUACGGCGUGACGGCGCUGCUGGGCGGCUGGCUCGUAGACGCCGUGUCCCCCGCCGAGUACAAGGACUUCACGCCAGCAUUCGUCAUCGCCCUCGUCGCCACCGUCGUCGACGUCGCCAGCUGCAGGGCUCUCACGCUGCCGUCCCUGUCCAGCCCGGCGGACUCGGGGCGGGCGCUGCGCGAGGUGCUGCGACUGCCGCGCGUGCUGGUCUUCAUCACGUUCGCGGUGGUCGCCGGCACCUUCGACAGCUUCAUCAUCUACUACAUGUUCUGGUUCCUGGAGGAGCUGGCGGAGGUGACGGGGUCGCGCGCCAAGAUCAAGCUAAUAGAGGGCGUAGUGGUCGCCGCACAGAGCUUCGUCGGCGAACUGCUCUUCUUCUUCUUCUCUGGUCGUAUAAUAAACCGUUGGGGCUACGGGUGGACGAUGACGUUCUCGCUGUUCUGCUACGGCGUGCGGCUCGCGCUCAUCUCGCUCAUACAGCAUCCCUGGCAUCUCGUAUUCAUUGAGGGCGUGAUGCAGGGCCCGACGUACGCGCUGUGCUACUCCACGAUCGUGGGAUACGCGGCGCACGUGGCGCCCGAGGGGUACUCCGCCACCGUGCAGGGCAUCGUCGCGGGCAUGGACGACGGCGUCGGUUUCGCGCUGGGCUCUAUAGUGGGCGGUCAGGUGUAUGGGCUGAUCGGUGGGCGGCGCGCGUUUCGGGCGUUCGCCGUGCUCGCCAUCAUCGCCGCCGCCGCGCACGCGCUGCUCUUUGCCGCUGUUACGCGUAACACCGAUAAAACCCAGAAAGAAGCGUCAUCGCCGGAAGCUAAGAAGAUGCUGAACCAGCCAGAAGACCACAGCGUGGUGGUCUACAGACCCACCGUCGUGCCCAUUGACGACAAGUCCGCCAGGUAACCUAGACUUAGGCACAGCCUAUUACCGGGUACAGGUAAUAAAGGUAAAGAGUUUUAAAUACUA